GGAUGAAUAAAAGAUUUAAUUGAAUACAACCUAACUGACCUAACGAACGGCCACCAGAAAGACUCUCGAAAGGCUCUCGAAUACAAGGAGACGACGUGUUACGGAAUUACUUAAAAAAACUCCAUUUACGCAUUCCUGUUAGGCAGGAAAUGAGGGCCACUUUAAAGAACACUUAAUCGUGGUGGACAAGUGUGAUUGUCAAAGCGCUCUUGAAAGUCCCUGCAGUUCGGUUGAAUCUGUCAAGUUAUUUAUCAGCGAUGUCAACAAGUGAGCCGAAUGUUCAGAGCAAUAGCUCUCGGGGCUUAGCAACUCCUUCAAACGCCAUCGCCACCUUCUCUAUUCAAUACUCAACAUGGUUCUGGAUAACUCAUGCCCUUCUAGCAAUAAUAACAAGCUUGGGUAAUGGAUUGGUCAUCUAUAUCCUCUGUUCAAGACGUCAUCUGCUCAGACAGACCUCACCGAACGGACGAUUUCUUCUCUCGCUUGCGAUAGCUGAUUUCUGCGUAGGGGUGUUUAACGCACCGGCUAGACUAGUCUGUCUUUUUGUUACAACUUGUAGCGAUGAAGUGUGGUCCUUAAUUACAUUUUUUAUCAAGUUAUUCCUCAAUGAAUCCGUGACAAAUCUUUGUCUUGUAGCAUUGGACCGGUACAUUGCAAUCCUGCAUCCUUUCUCUCACCCAUUCAUAAGCAGACCAGUGGUUUCUAUUGCCUUUAUAUUAGCUGCGUGGGCUAUUCCAGUCUUAGCCGAGAUUCCAGAUCUCCUGAACAUGCUGCACUUGACCAACAUCUCUGUGUUUGAGUACAACGUCAUUUACACAGUGUUAUUCGCGAUCCUACCCAACAUCUUCAUGGCAUUUGCCUACCUUAGGAUCAUCCUAGUCGUGAGAAAACACCGCAAACAGAUACAAGCCCAGCAAACCAACCUUCACACCGCUACCACCACCACCACAGACCAGGGCGAUCAAGAUCGAAAGCAACCUAAACUCAACCGCAACAUGGACUUGGCGGCCGUGGGGGUUGUAGUAGCUGUUUUUCUAGUAUGUAAUCUGUUAUUUCAGUACUGGUUGACCUGCUUGUACCUCAUUCCCUCGUGUAAUACAUCAGUCGAGGAGACGACCAUUGUCGCAUUGCUUCGGUACCUGAACUCUGCGCCGAAUUUUUUCGUCUUUGCCAUCAUGAAAACGGAUUUUCAAAGAGAAGUGAAAGGUCUUUUUAAAUUUAAUAAACACUAGUUAACAACGAAAGCGAUGCUAAAGUUAUACUUGUUUUAUUUUAUUGCCUCGACGUUUUUAUGUAUAUUAAGUUCUCAUGCGGAACUUGUACAUCUCACGGAUUAAAAAAGAACGUUCUUAUUCAGAGUUAUUUCGAAGCUAUAUAAAUGCAAAGUAAAAUGUCUAUUGAAAAAAAGAAGUCCAUUUAAGCUAAAUAUGCUUAUUGCGCUUUUCAUCAUGGGACUAGGAAACUAAAAUGACUUGUGUCUCCAGCGAUAAUGUCGCUUUUGCGUCAAAAGUGCCUUAUUGAGUGUAACAUCUCUUAAUGCUUUUAUCGGAAAAAAGGCUGGAUCUCGGCUCAUCGAGAACUCACUAUAACCUCUUUUUUGGAUAUAUCUAUCUGACUAGAACAUAAAGUUUUUUUUUUCAACUGUAACGAUUCCGAUCAGGCAGAUGUUGAGAAAUAUGGUACUUUAUCUUAUCUGUUAUACAAAGGGAGUGUUUUACUUAUUCAAAUAGUCCAAAGAUAUUUAAUUUAUUUUAUAUUCUAACCAGUUUCGUCUUGAAAAAAAUAUAUAUCUAUAAGCCGACAAAAAAAAUGUCAAUUCCUCCAGUGUUUCUGCAAAAAAAAAAUAUGAUCAAGACUUAAACCUCCGAAGAAGGAAGUGUAUUAUUUACCAGCACGCAGCACUGUGCUAUGGCAUUUAAGUAGACACCUUUAAUUAAAUUUUUUGUGACAAAAACAACUUUAAAAAGGGUUGGCUUAAAUGAUAAUAUAUACAAGCAAAUUCGAGAAUUACCGAAGAUCCCUGACUCUGUGAGAAAAUACUUGUUUUUCAGCAUCCCUCGACUCAGCUGAUGACAAAACAGAUACUAUACUUUCCGCAGUUAAUAAGUAAAGCAAAUAUAACGGCGAACCCGAUUGCAAAUGAAGCGGUAAUUCUAGAAAAAAACAUUAAUUAACGUCGAUACGCUAUGUCAACGGAGAGAAUUGUUUCAUCAAGCCGUUAUGUUGGCAUUAACUUAAUAAAACAACAUUAGGCUGGAUCUGCCGCCUUAAAUUCUUUGGGUAUAAUGCUCUAACAGUAUAAGAACAUGGCUUGUUUGGCAAGGGCAGAGAAUAGCGCGGAGAUAGCAUAGGAGGCACGUUAUAUAUUAGUCUAACAGCUCCAUCCUAAUUUUAUUAGGAUAAAACUCAAACUCAAACAAAACUCAUCUUAGUACGAUUUCCGUAUUUUUUUCACAUUUUCCCCACAUUCUUUGACCACUACUUUAACGAGGAUGUCAAAAAUGUAUAAGUUAAAUGUUUAUAGAACAGUGCUCGAUCCAAAGAGCGGGGUACCUGAUGAGUGGGCUUUAUUAAACGGUAGUUCGCGUGUUUUUCUGCAUACCAAGAUAUAAUUUAAAUAGUUCUAUAGAUAUUUUCAUCUUCAUAAAAUAAUGCAAAUAACAAAAACUAUUUAAAAAAUCAUUUAAAACAGAGCAUUCGUAAAAGAUAAAAAGAUCUCUUAGCUGUCUCGGUACGAACAGCAGAUCAUAUAACAAUUAAGUGCAAGAAUAGUCAGUGAAAAGAGGAAAAAAUAGGGGAAAAAGUGCACGAGUCCGCUGCAAAGAAAUUGCAAUAAAGUAUUUGACACCUUU